CCCCCAGUCUCACUCCCAACGCAGGCGCAGUCUCGCGUCUCCGUGGCGGCUCCCAUCUCAGUACGCCCGCAGUGGCGGAGUGUAGCGGCCUCGACCCGCUGUCCUCUGCCUCUUGCUGCUUCGCGGCGCGCUGUGCGGCUCUGCGAGCGCCUCUGAGAGAGGGCAGCGGCCGCGGUGGGUUCGGCAGGUUAUUUUAUGAUGAGGCUUUUGCUAUGGCUAAUGACCCCUUGGAAGGCUUUCAUGAAGUAAACCUUGCUUCACCUACUUCCCCGGACCUCCUUGGUGUGUGUGAACCACGGACUCAGGAGCAGACUACCUCACCAAGUGUCAUCUACCGGCCGCAUCUACCUGCAGCUUUGUGCUCUGCUGCUCUCCAGGCUAACACAUUAGAUGUUUCUGAGCUUCCUAAACAACCUGUGUAUUCAUCCCCCAGAUGCCUGAAUUGUGCAGAAGACUCCACUGUCAGCACUCAUGUUACAGACCCAGCACCUUGUUCUACCUCUGGAGUCACAGCUGGGUUAACUAAAUUAACUACAAGAAAGGACGACUGUAAUGCUGAGAGGGAGUUUUUACAGGGUGCUACUGUAACAGAGGCUUGUGAUGGCAGUGAUGAUAUUUUUGGGUUGAGUGCCGAUAGUCUGUCCCGUUUACGAAGCCCAUCUGUUUUGGAAGUUAGAGAAAAGGGAUAUGAACGAUUAAAAGAAGAACUGGCAAAAGCUCAGAGGGAACUGAAGUUAAAAGAUGAAGAAUGUGAGAGGCUUUCAAAGGUGCGAGAUGAACUUGGACAGGAACUGGAAGAGCUCACAGCUGGUCUGUUUGAGGAAGCUCAUAAAAUGGUGAGAGAAGCGAAUGUCAAGCAGGCGACGGCAGAAAAACAGCUGAAAGAAGCACAAGGAAAAAUUGACGUCCUUCAAGCUGAGGUGGCUGCGUUGAAGACACUCGUAUUGUCCAGCUCUCCAACGUCACCUAUGCAGGAGCCUCUGCCAGGAGGAAAGACACCUUUUAAAAAGGGGCAUACGAGAAAUAAAAGCACAAGCAGUGCUAUGAGUGCCAGUCAUCAGGACCUCAAUGUGAUGCAGCCAAUUGUAAAAGACAGCAAAGAGGCUGAUUUAUCUCUGUAUAAUGAGUUCAGAUCUUGGAAGGAUGAGCCCACCAUGGACAGAACAUGUCCUUUCUUAGACAAAAUUUAUCAGGAAGAUAUCUUUCCAUGUUUAACGUUCUCAAAAAGUGAGUUGGCUUCAGCGGUUCUGGAGGCUGUGGAGAACAACACGCUAAGCAUCGAGCCGGUGGGGUUACAACCUAUUCGAUUUGUGAAAGCGUCUGCUGUGGAAUGUGGAGGACCAAAAAAAUGUGCUCUCACUGGCCAGAGUAAGUCCUGUAAACACAGAAUUAAAUUAGGGGACUCAAGCAACUAUUAUUAUAUUUCUCCUUUUUGCAGAUACAGGAUCACUUCUGUGUGUAACUUUUUUACAUACAUUCGAUACAUUCAGCAGGGACUCGUGAAACAGCAGGAUGUUGAUCAGAUGUUUUGGGAAGUUAUGCAGUUGAGGAAAGAGAUGUCAUUGGCAAAACUGGGAUAUUUCAAAGAGGAACUCUGACGCUCUGCGUGGGACCACACAUGAACCUCCCUGAACAACUGAGAAAUAGCUGAAUAUUUUUAUGGUUACUGGAUAUUUAUUUCCAAGGAGUGGGCCCAAGCAAGACUUUCUCCUCUUUUUGCAAAUCACUCUAAGAAGCUCCGAGAUUUCUUUUCAGAUGACUUACGCCGUCUGCUUACUCUUUAGUUGAACACACUCUAAAGAAUAACAGGUGUACUAGUGACUGUCAUUUAUAGGCGAAAAAAGAAAACAAAAUAAAUACAUGUUAGACUGAA